AUGUUUGGCCUCAAAAGAAACGCAGUAAUUGGACUCAACCUCUAUUGUGGGGGGGGCCGGGUUAGGGGCCGGCAGCUUUUGGCUUCGGGGCGGCUUUUGGCUUCGGGGAAGGAGGCCACGGCCCGGCGGGAGUUAGGGGGAGGGGAAGCCGGUGCGGUGAUUGGCGGAAGCGCCGGAGCGAGUGCCCCAGCCACUGUUGCGCCGGACGCCCGGAGGGUCGCGCGGCCCUCGCCCAUUGGCGCCGAGAGCCCCGACGUCACCGCGACCCCGAGGCUGCUGUUCUUCGAGCCCACCCGCCGCGCGUCGCCGCCUGAAGAGAUGGAAGGCCCAGCCGCCGACGCCAUCAUGUCGCCCGAAGAGGAGCUGGACGGGUACGAGCCGGAACCUCUGGGGAAGCGGCCGGCUGUCCUGCCUUUGCUGGAGUUGGUCGGGGAGGCCAGCAGUGGCCCUUGCAGGGACGGCUCACUGCCCUCGACGCCACCCCCAGCAGAGGAGGAGGAAGACGAGUUGUACCGGCAGUCGCUGGAGAUUAUCUCUCGGUACCUUCGGGAGCAGGCAACAGGCGCCAAGGACGCGAAACCACUGGGCGGGUCUGGGGCGGCCAGCCGGAAGGCGUUAGAGACCCUCCGACGGGUCGGGGUCGGGGUUCAGCGCAACCACGAGACGGCCUUCCAAGGCAUGCUUCGGAAACUGGACAUCAAAAACGAAGACGAUGUCAAAUCUUUGUCUCGAGUGAUGGUCCAUGUUUUCAGUGACGGAGUAACAAACUGGGGCAGGAUUGUGACUCUUAUUUCUUUUGGUGCCUUUGUGGCCAAACACUUGAAGAGUAUAAACCAAGAAAGCUGCAUCGAACCAUUAGCAGAAAGCAUCACAGAUGUUCUCGUAAGGACAAAACGAGACUGGCUAGUCAAACAAAGAGGCUGGGAUGGGUUUGUGGAGUUCUUCCAUGUAGAGGACCUAGAAGGUGGCAUCAGAAAUGUGCUGCUGGCUUUUGCAGGUGUUGCUGGAGUAGGAGCUGGUUUGGCAUAUUUAAUAAGAUAGCCUUUUAAGUGCAAUAAUUGACUUUUAACAACCCUAGGCACCAAAACCACAUAUGACUGCUGUGAAAUCAAAUGUAUUUAUGAAGUUGGACUUUGAGCUGUCCAGGCUGUAACCUCCAAGAGUUCUACUCUAGCAAUGUAGAACAGCAAGUGGCAAGAGGAUUAUGGCUAACAGGAAUAAAUACAUGGGAAAAGUAGUCCCCCUUGAAGAGUCACUGUCUAAAAGAAGCAAAGUUCAGUUUCAGCAACAGGCAAACUUUGGGAGGCCAUGGAGGAGGACUUUUAGAUUUAGUGGAGAUGGUAGGGUUGAAGAGACUUAAUUUCCUUGUCUAGAACAGGAGAGUGGCCAGUAGCCAGGCUAGUCAUAGAGUCCAUUAAAUAUGUACACUGAAUUAAUUAACUUCUUAUAGUGUUAAAAGAGAAGCACUAACAAUGGCAUUGAUCUGUAUAAAAUGGAAUUAAGCUACAGGUAAUAACUAUGACUAGAAGCCUCAGUACUGUACAACAGAGUGUGAAGGGAAGCUUUUUCUCUGUAAUUAGCUUUCCCAGGUAUACUUCUUGAAUAGAAAGUCCAAUUGCUCAGGACUUUUAAACCUGUUCUACUUUGGCUUGGUUUGAGUGGUUUAGUUUAUUAGCCUAGUGAUGGCCAAGAAUACUUGACUUAAGGUUCAAUAAUUACAGUUGCAAAUAUGAGAAUGUCCUCAAUUUUUAAGGUAAAAACAUCUUGUAAAUGUAUUUGUCUGUAAAAAUUGUGUAUAUUUUUACAGAAAGUCUAUUUCUUUGAAAUGUAAAGGGAUGAAGAGUCUCGAAAUACAUCAGUUUUU